AUGUGUACCCAGUCCAAAGACUCCUCCGCAACGUAUAUCCACAUGCACCACCCACGCCUCGCCGAUCUCUUCGAAGACUUUACACGCCCGCACACAUCCAUCUACUCAAACCUCGCCGCCUCACAACACCACCAACACGCCACCAGCACCACCACGGGGCCCGGCGGCGUAACCGUGACGUACGGCGCCGCGGGCAACUCGGCCAUCAGCGUGCCCUCGUUCUUACCCAUUGAGGACAUUUAUGUUCCGCCGCAGUACCAGCCAAUCAAUCCCGAGGAUGAGGAUGAUGUGGUGCCAGACCAGCAUGCUGCGUUUGGCAUUGCGCGGGCCAUGGACUCGGUGGGCCGGCGCGCGGAACCCGUGUGGAGGGAUUUGGGGUUGUCGGAGCUUGUGAGGGGCGCGAGGUAUACGAGUGGAAAUCAAACCAGCAGGAGGCAGGGGAUGCAGGUUAUUGGCGCUGGUGGCGGCGGUGUUUCUACUACUGCUGGAGGUGCUGCGUCAGGGCAGUUGGGAGAUCAGGCGCCGAGUGCUGCAGCGCGGUUGCGAUUAAGGGAGACGGGGGCUUUGAUGGGAGGCCGGAGGGUGACGAGCAUGCGGUGA